AUAGAAAGAGGAGAGGAAUGGGGGAAUGUACAAACGAAGGAACUAGGAAGAGUGACUUCGGUUUCACACAGCUUCCUGGUGGCAACCUGGAACCAUCCUCUACAUGGAAUCCUUUUCUUUCUAAGAACUCACGAGAACAUAAAGCAACAAUAGAGGCCACGAAGAUCAAGCAAAGGUAUAGGUGUCAAUGGCAGCCUCCUCCAGAAGGUGUCUUGAAGUUAAACAUUGAUGGUGCUCUUUUUAGUGAUCAAUGUAAAGCUGGUAUAGGGGCUGUGUUGCGUGACAAGGAAGGGAAGGUUAUAUUUGCAGCAAGCAAAUCUGAACCUGCUAUAGCUGAUCCUAUGGAAAUUGAACUUCUUGCUAUGCUAAGGGGUUUGCAAUUAUGUGUGUCCCUUGGCAUUACAUCUCUUCAAGUGGAAUCAGACUCUUUGUUAACAGUUCAAGAGCUGGAGAAGGAAGGGUAUUCUACUACCUUAUGGGGUGGAUUGAUUCAGGAGGUUAAAUCUUUGCUUCAAAGGUAUCCAAAUUGGUCUAUUCAACAUAAGGGAAGAGAAGCUAAUGGAGUGGCUCAUUGUUUGGCUCGGUUUGCAUGGAAUUUAGAUGACAUUUGUAUUUGGUGGAAUUCAGUUCCAGACUGUAUUUCCCAAGCCAUUUGGGUUGAUUCAUCGUUGUAAUGAUUGAGUUUGAUGAAUAGAAGUUAUACUUUCCUAUCAAAAAAAAUUUGAGAAUUUGUGAUGAACCCUAGAUUA